AAAGUGGGGGGGUGGAGACCACAGCACUUUGAGAAAAUGUCGAAGAACAGCAGCAAAAUGCCACGAGCUGAACUCGAACUCACAACCACCGUACCAAAGGCGGAGGCUCAACCUGUUCAGCGGUUGUUUUUUUUUUGCUUUUUUUUUUUUAACCUCACGAAGGUGUGCUGCGUGUCUGCAACUCUCGGCCGAGUGCGGAUGGUGCGUUCAGGAGCGUCGGAAUUUUCUAUACUACUGAAAAUAACUGGGUUUACAACGGCUUACAUGUGAAGAAUUUGAAUGUGUUGGAGACAAAAUGACCCCUGACAAAAAGUGGGGGGGACACGUCCCCACCGUCCCCCCCUAAACUGACGCCUAUGCCUAAGCCUGCUGUGUAUCGGCCUACUCCUGCAUUAUCUCCUAAAAUGCUGUCAAUAAUUUCCAUCGCAGCCUCCAUAAUUCAACCGAGAAAGAUGUAGAAAAAGACGUGCAAUAAAAAACAACUAAAAUACAGCGCAGUCACUGUAUUUUUGCCAAUAGUACAUUAGAGGGUAAAUGUUGUACUCAGACUACAGUUCAUGUUAAAGCAGAGAGCAUUGUGGGAGUUCAGCUAGAACAGGUACCAUGACAAAGACUCAUGAGGAGGUUCAUGACCUCCAACCAGAACUCAGGUGUUUCAGAAGAACCAGCUCAACUAGAACAAAGUUACUGUUCUAAAAGGUGGAACCUGGACUUCUGUGGCCUAAAACAGGACUAGUAACCAGAGACAGAACCAGCAGAGUCUGACAAAUGAAAGUGUUUUUUAAAAAGUCGAGUUAAAAGUUCUCAGAAAAAGCCUCCAAGAGAUUCUUGUAAAAAUAAAAUCCAAAGGGCUGCAGAGGGAGAGGAGUCUGUGAAGUUCUUCCUGUCGGUUCAGCUCCGUCUACUUCACUUCCAAUCAACGGGACGAUUUCCUGUCUUCAGCAGCUCCGACAGGAAACAGCUGGGAUUUAAAGAUCACAUCUGAGGGAAGCAUCCACCGAUUAUUUUCUCCUCAGAGGAUCAUCUGAAAAACCUUUAAUCUGCCUCUUCAAAGCUGUGUGGAGGCGACAUCCAGCUUCAGAGCAGCUUUUGUAUUCCCGUGUGUGACAUGUUUCAUUCCUGACUGACGGCUUCUCUUCAGGGAUUCAGUAAACUGCCGCUGUCGUGUUUUUGAAGCUCGGUGUGGACGACUUCACCUCAAACCAGAACUUCAGAAUAAAGGCUGUGACUGAUCAGACCGAUGCUGCUGAUUUCUGUACUUUUACUUCUACAGUCUGUUGAUAUAAAUAAAAAACUGAAUAUGUGGAUCAUUUGGAGGACAUCUGGGCUUUAAAAUGUUUGAAGAAUCAACCGUCUGUCUUCCAGUGUUCUGCUCCAUAUUGAUCAAUAAUAGGUAUUGAUUGGCUCAGCUUCCACAUCAAUGGCAGCAUUUAAUUAGAUUUUAAUGUUUUAUUAGGGAUCAAUUUGGUCAUCAGGGGGGCUUUAAAAUAUUGAAUAUAAUCACGAUAAAUGAACUUUGAGUUUGCAGUAAUCUGUAAAUGUAGUAGACAGAUAAAUAUAAAUGAAAUAUACUUGUUUAAGUUAACAUAUAUGUCUGUUCACCAAUUCAGUCAUCAACCACAAAAUGCAUCCACAAACCUUUUUAAUAAAUAAUAAUAAAUGCUGACCGAUCGUUUAUCCAUCCAUCCUCUAUACACCGCUUUAUCCUCACUAGGGUCAUGGGGGGUGCUGGAGUCUAUCCCAGCUGACUCAGGUGAAGGCAGGGGACACCCUGGACAGGUCACCAGUCUGUCACAGGGCUACAUAGACAGACACACAAUCACACUCACAUUCACACCAACGGACAAUUUAGAGUAACCAAUUAACCUCAGCAUGUUUUUGGACUGUGGGAGGAAGCCGGAGUACCCGGAGAAAACCCACGCAUGCACAGGGAGAACAUGCAAACUCCAUGCAGAAAGAUCCAAGGAAGGUCGGGAUUUGAACCAGGGAUCUUCUUGCUGCAAGGCCAAAGUCCUAACCACAACCCCACUGUGCAGCCCCCCAAUUGUUUAUUUAUAAAGUUAAACUAUUCAAACAAUUCAGUUAGUACUCACGUCUUUACCAUCAUCCAAUAUUGUGAUAAAUGCUGCUACUUCCUUUAGCAUCAACACAAUUUAAAACGUGGAUUGUGCACUGUAGUUAUCAAUCAUUGCGGUAGGUGGUGCGUUCUUUAAAAAGUGUUCUAAACUUACAGGAAGGGUACAGCCGUAUUCAUGGCCUUCAGCUCUGCAGACAUACCCAUAGGUAUACAUAUCUAUGGACAUACCCUUCUCGUUUGGGAACCACUCGUUGAGCCUUUUUCCGAGCAGCUCUGUUGGUCCUGAACGCACCACAGCAAUGAAUUGUGGGAAGAAUAAACAUGGCGGGACGUUCAAAUCCUCCGCCGUCCGUCAGAACCAACAAACAGACAACAUCAUAAAGAACUGCCCGGCGUGAACCGCCACCGUUCGCCGGAUCACCGCCCCCCGCUCGGCCGCUCAACAUGAACGGAGGUCGGAGGAGCUUCGACCUUCCGGCCGGUAGAGCAAGACCCAGAGCGACCCGCCUGAGCCGCAGCCUGAGACAGACCCAGGCGGAGGCGGAGUCUCCGCGGAGGCAGCAGUCAGACAUGAAGACGCCCACCAGAGUGCUGAGGUCCAGACCAGCAGCAGAAGUUCCUCUGAAUGAUGGCGACCUUCAGCAGGACAUCUUCUGGGAUGCCACGUCUCCUCACGGUAAAAGAGGCAGGAAGCAAACCGCCAGAGUCGUGGACAUCUCAGAGAUCGUCAGCAGGAUCGCUCCCAAGCACGGCAGGCCGGCGGUUGCUGAGCCGACGCUGCAGCAGUGGAUCGGAGACAGCGCCGCCAUCCCCUGCACUCCAGACCUUCAUCCUCCCAAACCCAAGAAGAAAUCGCCGAGAGCGAAAGCGGUGGAAGAUCUGCUGAAACUCGCCCGACAGUUUGACCUCAGCUUUUUCCAUCAGGAAGAAGAUGAGGAGCAGAACCAGAACCAGCAGAACCCGGAGCUUCUGUCAGAGAAUGUUCGGGUCUUUGACAGCAGCGAACCUUCAGCUUCACUUACUGGAAGCUGUCGACCGACUGAGAACGUAGCGACCCGGACCGAUGUUCAGUUUCAUCUGGAUCAGAACCUGGAGGACGACCUGGACCUUCUGUUCGACGGACCGACCCAACAUUUGAGCAGAAACUUGAGUCAGGCGUCACACGUCGGAGCUGCUCUUAUUUCUACUCGGACCGAGUUCGAGGACGACUGGGAACAUGACGACCUGUUGGAUGACUCCUUGUUGCUGGAGAUGACCCAGAACCCACAGAACUUCACCACCCCAAAGCACUGCUCCACCCAGAAACCCGACCAGGGGACUCCUGGACUGCCUGGACCCACAGCAGGAAAGGAGAAUUUGAGACCAAGGACCACCUUCAAACUGGAGUCUCAUCCUGGUUUCUCAGGCGGAAGAAUUCCGACCGACACCAAAACCAAGCAGCAGAACUCAGCAGCAGCAGGUGGAGACAGCAGGUCAGCUCAGCCGGAACCACAGAGCCCACAGAACCCACAGCUUCAUCAGAAGGUUUCUGCUGCCUCAUCAACAACUCAGAGGAAACCUGAUGUCCUCCACAGUGAGACCCCUGCUGCCUCCGAGGACCUGGAUCUGGACGCUUUGUUCUCCUUUGACCCAGUGUGGGACGACCCGGCUGACGAUGACCUGCUGUGUGAAAUGUGUGAACACCUGGAGAACCAGAUCAAUGGCUUGGACAACCUGCUGUCCAAUCAGAGAGCAGCUGUGCAGUGGACCAGAAGAACCUGGGACGACUCGAUACAGCCUCCUCAGAAGCAUUCUGCUGGUCCUGCUGGUCCUGGUGGCGUCUCAUUGGCUGCUCGUGGUCCUGGUGGCGUCUCAUUGGCUGCUCGUGGUCCUGGUGGCGUCUCAUUGGCUGCUCGUGGUCCUGGUGGCGUCUCAUUGACUGCUCGUGGUCCUGCUGAUGUCUCAUUGGCUGCUCGUGGUCCUGCUGAUGUCUCAUUGGCUGCUCGUGGUCCUGGUGGCGUCUCAUUGGCUGCUCGUGGUCCUGCUGGCGUCUCAUUGACUGCUCGUGGUCCUGCUGAUGUCUCAUUGGCUGCUCGUGGUCCUGCUGGCGUCUCAUUGGCUGCUCGUGGUCCUGCUGACGUCUCAUUGGCUGCUCGUGGUCCUGCUGACGUCUCAUUGGCUGCUCGUGGUCCUGCUGACGUCUCAUUGGCUGCUCGUGGUCCUGCUGGCGUCUCAUUGGCUGCUCGUGGUCCUGCUGACGUCUCAUUGGCUGCUCGUGGUCCUGCUGGCGUCUCAUUGGCUGCUCGUGGUCCUGCUGGCGUCUCAUUGGCUGCUCGUGGUCCUGCUGGCGUCUCAUUGGCUGCUCGUGGUCCUGCUGGCGUCUCAUUGGCUGCUCGGGGUCCUGCUGGCGUCUCAUUGGCUGCUCGUGGUCCUGCUGGCGUCUCAUUGGCUGCUCGUGGUCCUGCUGGCGUCUCAUUGGCUGCUCGUGGUCCUGCUGGCGUCUCAUUGGCUGCUCGUGGUCCUGGUGGCGUCUCAUUGGCUGCUCUUGGUCCUGGUGGCGUCUCAUUGGCUGCUCGUGGUCCUGGUGGCGUCUCAUUGGCUGCUCGUGGUCCUGCUGGCGUCUCAUUGGCUGCUCGUGGUCCUGGUGGCGUCUCAUUGGCUGCUCUUGGUCCUGGUGGCGUCUCAUUGGCUGCUCGUGGUCCUGGUGGCGUCUCAUUGGCUGCUCGUGGUCCUGCUGGCGUCUCAUUGGCUGCUCGUGGUCCUGCUGGCGGCUCAUUGGCUGCUGGUCAUGUGUCUCUCAGCAGUGUCACCAAAGAACAGUUCACGUUUAAGAGGCCAAGCAACCCAGUUUCCAUGAUGACCACCUACAAAGCUAAAUGUUCGGCGGCUGAGAUCGAGCUGAAGAAGCAGCAGGCGAUGGAGAGGAGACGGCAGCGACUGCAGGCCCAGAACCGCCGAGAACCAGCCUGACGGAGCGGAACCGACCUGACGGAGCGGAACCGGCCUGACGGGGCGGAACCGGCCCGUAAAUGUCCUCCUCAGACACUCAGAGCUACUCGUUCUCACAGCACUUUUAAACUACAAACAUUAAACUGUCGUCUGAAUCAUUUUAAAUCAUGUUUUAUGUUUUUUAGAGGAACACUUGGCGGUUCUGUUGGUUCUAACAUGUCCAGAUGAACGUGUCUGGGACAGAACAGUGUUUAUCAGAGCUUUCAGUUUUCAGACGUUAAUCAAACUGCGUCGGUCCGAUUCCAUCCUCCGGUUUGUUUCGGUCUCAGACUCUAAGAAGACGGCUGCAGGUCGCUCCGCUUUGAUGAUCGGUUGAUGAAAAUGAUUCAGAAACUCGUGAACGAUUCUGUGAUUGUUCCUCAAAUGGAACUCAAACUUUUCUGGAGCUCAGUCAUCGAUUAUCGAUGCCAAUGUUUUAUUUUAUCUGCUGGUUAUCUCUAAAUAAACCUAAUGUUCCA